AUGAGACUAUACCUAAGUGCCGAAGAGUUACGAGAGUUACAUGACUUUGAGGAGGACUGUAUGGAUGAGCUGACGAGGAAGCGGAUACGAAAGCAAAAAGGAGGUGCCGAAGACAGCUGGCUGAACACUUUGGAACUAACGGAGCUCACUUCUCAACGGGUCAACGAAUUGCUACAAGAGAAUUGCUCAUUGAAAAGUCGCCUAUGCGAUGUGGAGGCUCGCCUCGAUCUCAUCAUCAGAUCACAAACCGAACUUGUCGAAGCACUCACAAAGCGACAGAAGCAAUCAAAAAAUGGAUCGUCUCGCGCCUCCACUCAGUCAUUGCCGGAGGCCGACGGUACGAGGUCACGUCGCUUAACCAUCGCCGUGCCAGACGUUUCCCCACCCGCGAUCGAUCAGAUGCUUUUGAAUCCACCACCGUCCGAUCGCAAUAAAACAGCGUCACCACUUCUCAGCCAUCUUCGAAUGGAUCACACUCUUAGGAAAUAUGAUGAGGCUCGCUACCAGCAUUCAUCGAUCGGUCGUCGUCAUCGGUUAGAUUCAUCAUCGUUUUCUAUCUCACAGGACAUGAGGGAUAUGGACAAGUACUGUUCUUACACACUUUUUUUACUUUACUUUUUUAUUUCUUUUUCAAUGAGUACUAUGUUGAACUCCAAGAUAAACUGA